AUGCAAAACUCCGGAUCUGAAACGUUGGAGAACUUGGAGGAACCUGGCAUGCCUCAGGAAUCACCAGAAGAUCUGUUUCAUUUCAAUGUUGGGGGCUGGCAUUUCUCGGUUCCCAGAAGCAAACUUGCUCAGUUCCCAGACUCUCUGCUGUGGAAAGAAGCUUCAUCCUUGACUUCUUCAGAAAACCAGCGAUUAUUCAUCGAUAGAGAUGGUUCUACAUUUAGACACGUGCACUAUUACCUCUACACCUCCAAACUCUCCUUCUCCAGUUGUGCAGAACUGAAUCUGCUCUAUGAGCAAGCACUGGGUUUGCAGUUGAUGCCCUUGCUGCAGACUCUGGACAAUCUAAAAGAAGGGAAGCACCACCUGCGUGUGAGGCCUGCAGAUAUACCUGUGGCCGAGAGGGCAUCUCUGAACUACUGGCGGACGUGGAAGUGCAUCAGCAAACCUUCUGAAUUCCCCAUCAAGAGUCCGGCCUUCACCGGUCUGCAUGACAAGGCUCCUUUGGGGCUCAUGGACACGCCACUGUUAGACACGGAAGAAGAAGUGCACUACUGUUUCCUGCCCCUAGACCUAGUGGCCAAGUAUCCAAGCCUGGUGACGGAAGACAACUUGCUGUGGCUGGCAGAGACAGUGGCCCUGAUUGAAUGCGAGUGUAGCGAGUUCCGCUUCAUUGUGAAUUUUCUCCGCUCACAGAAGAUUUUCCUGCCGGAUAAUUUCUCCAACAUAGACGUGUUGGAAGCGGAAGUGGAAAUCCUGGAAAUCCCUGAGCUCACAGAAGCUGUCAGGGUGUACAGGAUGAACAUGGGUAGCUGUUCCCGAACCUCAUGUUCAUCCCCAAGUCCUGGGAAGGGGAGCCGAGCUGCAGGCCUGGAGUCCGUGAAGCCGCUGUACAUGAUGGCUCUGGGGCUGCUUGUCAAGUACCCCGACUCGGCGCUGGGGCAGCUCCGCAUAGAGAGUACGCUGGAUGGAAGCCGGCUGUAUAUCACAGGCAAUGGAGUCCUCUUCCAGCAUGUCAAGAACUGGCUGGGGACUUGCCGACUUCCCCUGACAGAGACCAUUUCCGAAGUGUAUGAGCUCUGUGCCUUCCUGGACAAAAGAGAUAUUACCUACGAGCCCAUGAAAGUGGCCCUGAAGACUCACCUGGAGCCCCGGACGCUGCCACCCAUGGACGUGCUCAAUGAUGAAUGGACUGCAGAAAUCACUGUGUAUUCCCCCCAGCAGAUCGUCAAAGUUUAUGUUGGGAGCCACUGGUAUGCCACCACCCUGCAGACGCUGCUGAAGUAUCCAGAACUGCUGUCCAACCCUCAGCGGGUGUACUGGAUCACCUACGGACAGACCCUCCUCAUCCAUGGCGACGGCCAAAUGUUCCGGCACGUGCUCAACUUUCUGCGACUCGGGAAGCUGUUUCUGCCAUCAGAAUUUAAGGAAUGGCCGCUGUUCUGCCAGGAGGUGGAGGAAUACCACAUUCCAUCCCUCUCCGAAGCUCUCCUCCAGUGUGAGGCCUACAAGGCCUGGACUCAAGAGAAAGACUCAGAAGGUGAAGAAGCUUUUCCCAUUCGGAGGCUGCACGUGGUGACAGAAGGGCCAGGGUCGCUGGUGGAGUUCAGCCGAGACACUAAAGAAACCACAGCCUGCAUGCCUGUGGACUUCCCAGAGUGCAGUGACAGAACUCCAUGGAGCAAGGCCAAGGGGACCCUGGGCCGGCCCAGCCAGAUGGAGGAGGCUGAGCAGUACUCCCGGCCCAUCCCCAUGUCCCUGUGCCGCGGGACCAAGAGGGCUGGCAAUCCCAGCACAUACUCCCACUGCCCAGGCCUCUGUGCCAACCCCCGGCACUGGGGACCUCACCCUGAGAGUCCCCCCAAGAAGAAAUGCAUCAGUGUCAACCUCACCCAGAAAUCUGAAACCAAGGACCCUCCGGUCACCCCCAUGCAAAAACUCAUCUCCCUCGUGAGGGAAUGGGACAUGGUCAACUGCAAACAGUGGGAAUUCCAGCCACUGUCAGCGCCCCGGAACAGCCCUGCGGAGGAGGCCUCCCUGCAGCUCCCCCCAGGAGGGGAGGCCAUUUCCCAGCCCAGCAUCUCAACUUCCUGGAAAGGCCAUUCCACGGCCUCAGAGAAGGAGGCUGGGGGACAGGCAGGAGCUGGCGCCAAAGACAAGGGGCCCGAGCCAACCUUUAAGCCAUACUUUCCCACAAAAAGAGCUGUGGCGCUGAAGGACUGGGUCAAACAGCGGCCCAAGGAGAGAGAAAACCCUGUCCCGGAGCAUCCUCUGCCUGAGGCCAGUGAGGCAGACAGUGCAGGCGUCAUCCUCAAAGUGACCCACCCACCUGUGGUGGGCAGCGACGGCUCCUGCAUGUUCUUCGAAGACAGCAUCAUCUACACGACGCAGAUGGACAGCCUCAGGCACAUGCUGCCCUCGGCCAGCCCCCCGCCCCAAGAGGUGACUUUCCUGAGUUUCUCCCUGUCUUGGGAAGAAAUGUUCUACGCACAGAAAUGUCACUGCUUCCUGACUGACGUCAUUCUGGAUUCUAUCAGGCAAAAGGACCCCAAGGCCAUCACGGCCAAAGUGGUGUCCCUGGCCAAGCGGCUGUGGACCCUGAACAUCAGCCCCAAGCAGUUUGUGGUGGAUUUGCUGGCCAUCGCGGGCUUCAAGGAUGACCGGCACACCCAGGAGCGCCUGUAUAGCUGGGUGGAGCUCACGCUGCCUUUCGCCAGGAAAUAUGGCCGCUGUGUGGACCUGCUCAUCCAGAGGGGCCUGUCCAGAUCUGUCUCCUACUCGAUCCUGAGCAAGUACUUACAAGACGGCUAG